AUGAAGGCCCUGCAGGUAGUUCUGCUGACCGUCGCGCUCGCAGAAGUUUCUGCGAGCAGCGCCCUGCCAGCCGAAGAGUGCCAAGAUGCAGAGAGGGCAGGGUUCUCUAUGCUGCAAGCCCAUCUCGUCUCGAAGGACCGCAACCAGGACUCUGGUCCAUAUUACUGGGCCUCUGGACGUGGGAACUUUCCCAGCUAUGCAGUCUCUACAACUUCAGGUCCUUUCAACUUAACGGACUCGCUAGCCUGGGAGUGGCAUCACCCACUGGGAAGGUUCGCAACGCUGACCUACGGCACAGCUAUUGAUGAGGACAGCAAUAUCUAUCUUUCAGCAGCCGACGGAGUCAGAAAGUUUGAUCCAAGUGGAAGACUGCUAUGGGAAUUUCCAACGCUCCCCAAGGAGGUCAUGAAUGCGCCUUUCCUCUACGAUGGCAUGGUGUAUGCCAGUGACACCUACGGAUUUGUCUUUGCAUUGGACAUGCAGACGGGCAAGGAAGUAUGGAACACACAGAUUGCCGACAAGACUGGUCAAGACAAUGGCUUCAACAUGGUGCACGACGGAAUUGCACUGGCAGCAUGCGAUUGGCGACCCCCGACUAACUUUGAUGCGGGCGCCAACCAGCAAGUGAAGGGCUUGAAUGCCAGCACGGGAGAUGA